AUGAGUCGUACUUCAAAAUCACGACGAAAAAAUGAAAAACGUAAGCAUAAUCGAAGAUCAUACGAUCAAUACGGAAACGGCAUAGAACUUGGUCAUCAGGAGUCGCUUUUAAUUGAAAGAUUACCCGAACAAAACCUUUCAAUCGUGGAAACGUUGAAAAAUCGAGAAGAUACGCCUGAAACACUCCGAGCUAUUACUGGCACCGCCAGAACAAAGCUUUAUUUUAACCCCGCCUACUUCGAACCACAACUACUUCUGGCACCACCACCAGCCGCGAUUGAGUUUCUGAACAAAAUCCGCGAGGAAAUAACUAUAGCAAAACAGAAAAUGAAAAGUGAGAGAUUCACUCCGAGUUUGCCAGUCAUUCCAGAAGAAGACAACGACCCAAGCUACGAUUCCUCGUAUGAAUUUACUAAACCAGUCAGUCCUAGAACCAGUAUCAUAAGCCUGAAACGAGAAAACAUCAGAAGAAAAACUUGUACAGGUUGUCCAGAUUGUGAACCUCAGGAUUUUAAAACGUUGUGUGGUAAGCUACCAGAAAUCCCCUCUCUUGCAGCCUGUCACAACUGCACAACUACCAGCGAUAGCAAACAACAAAGUAUCAGAAGAUGGUUGGAGAAUGUGCCCAUCCUUAAAUCAAAUUCUGACGACAUAUCCCAGGAGGAAACACAUCAGGACAAACUACCGAAAAGAUUAAGAUCUCCAACUAGAUCGUUGCCACCAACUGGAUUACAAAGUCCAGAGAGGGUUAUGUCACCAAGACCUGCUUCAGAACGGGGAAUUUCUCCGGACAGAGAACAUAGAGCUGUUAUCAAAGCAGUCAAACCUAAAGAAAAGAAGAUUGUGAUCAAACCUAAACUUUCACCACCUCCACUACCGGAAGCUGUCAAGGAAAUCAACAAUAACGUAAUUCAAGAAGAAAAUGAUUACGACGUAACUUCUCCACAAGAAACAAGGAAUGUUAAGAUGAGUUUUCCACUGCCAGAUAUGAUUGAAGCUAUGGUAGCAAAUAACAAAGUCGAGCUGAACCGUAUUCCAACUCCGACAAAAAAACAAAUGAACGCUGUUAUCAAUGAAUUAACAGUGCACAGAAACAACUUAAUGAACGACGACACAACAAAACCUGAAGGAUGCAGUAACUUAAUUGAAUACGAGACUGACAGUUUGGAGAGAUCUGUCAAUAAAGGGUACCACACUCCUUCUGAAUAUGCAGAAAUAUCUUCAUCUCAUCCCAGUCCUAGUUUGAGCACGGCGUUGCCUAUGGACGAAGAGAUGACUAUGAGAAAUGCCAUAAUUAACAAGAAAACGGGAAAUAUUACCAUAUUUAAAAUUAAUAUGGAGUCGUUACAAGAAGAUGACUAUAAUUAUGAAUUAAUUGUAAUGAAGAAAGGUGCUUUAUUAGAUUCAGGAUUGUAUCGUGUACCAGAAUUGUUGCAAAGAAAUAACGGCCACAGUUUGGUUAGUGAAGUUUGCGUAAAUAAUGAUUAUAAUUAUGGUAGUACCCCUUCAACGCCUACAGGUUCUAAUUACUCUACUUUAGAAAAUAAAACUUUAAAGGUGAGGUACGAUGGAGGUACUGAUAAGCCUGGUAAGUUGUUGAUUGAAGUUGAAGAUUGUCCAGACAAUUAUAUACCAGUAUACGUGUCAGACACUUCGGAUCGUAAGCCUAGCAAACUAAAGUUACAAAGAUUUGAUUCUGUAAACAAAGAAAAUGAGUAUAUAGAUUCUUUGGAGAGACCUCAUAAUCAAAUUCAAUUGAGAACAACCGGAAGCUUCAGGAAAGAUACUGUAACAUCAGUUACUGAUGACGAUGUGUCGGGGAAUUUUAACAGAGUAUUUGGAAGUCUUAGAGAGAUUUUUGAAGCAAAAACUAAGGGAUUAAUGAUCAGGCAAGAUACCAACGAUGCAUUAGACAAAUUGAACGACGAAGAGGGGAGGCUACUAACUUUGGAAGAACGACACUCAAGAUGUCAACGAAAAACCAACGACAACGGAAGUAAUGUUCAACCUGACGUAAUACCGCCUCCACCACAUGACAAUACUCCGAUACGUGAACACCCAAAACCUCCAAGAAAAGUUAUUUUAGGUGAAAAUCAGAUGCCUAUCUUGUCUCCAAAAAACAGGAAACCCAGGAGUGCCGAUCAGAAGAAAACUCCAGCUUCUAGCAAUGAAACAGUGGUUGACACUCCUAAAAAACAUGUUGACGAUGAUUACGAAAUAUGUCUGGUACAAAAAAAUAAAAAAGAUGGAAAUAUACUGACAAGUUUCAUCCAAGCUGAAGAUUUAAUCCUGAAAAAGGUAAAUAAUGAUCAAUUUAUCCUGCACAACACAAAUAACUCCAUGAACUUCCGAUUGCCGGUAAAAACAUUGCAAUCAUUUAUGUCUGUGGACGAUCUCAAGAACAACAAGAACAAGAAAACCUGGAGAACUGCUUGGAAACCGAAAGAAUCGGAAUAUUUGAGUACGGAUUCUAACGAUUCUAUCAAGAAAAGAAAGACGCAGCAAUCGGUAAAUAAUACGGGAGGAGGUAAUGAGAUUGACGAAAGUCUUGGUGACGGACACAGUGAAUCUGGGGCGGAAAGUGAGGAAACACAUUCAGUUUUCUUUGGUAGAUUUCACAGGCAGCCUAUGAGUUUGCCCGGAUAUGGAUCGGUGGAUAGUGGAGUUAUGGGUGUUGACGAUGGACAUGACAGUACGGAUUCGGAAAAUAUUAGUUAUACGACUGCUGUUCCUGUGACCAAUGACGGGUCGCUUAAGAAGUAAAUGUGCAAUAUUUUUUAAUUAUUAUUAAGUUGGGACUUAAAUGGUCCCGGAUUAUUUUAUAUAUUAUUAAAUAUUUUGGUUUAUGUAUA